CCACUUCACUUCACUUGGGGCAUAUUGAUCAGUUGGAUAGAUAGAUAUCAGAGAGAUGGAAUCCCCAUCCAUUUGUCACGAUGAUCAUCGGAUAAGGGCCGCCCUUCAAGAAUUGAAUCGAGGCCGGGAAUUAGCAAAGCAGCUGAUGAGAGUUGUUCUUGGCAGGAAGCAGCCCCUUGACUUUGAUGAUGAAGGUGGAUUGAGGACCGUCGAGAAUCUCGCCACGAGCAUCUCGGCUUCCUUUACGGAGGCUAUUUCAAUACUCAAUCAAAGUGGCAGUGCCGCCGCCGCCGACGAAACCAGCCGAAGUUGGGCGUCCCCCGACGGCAGAGCCCGUCACAACAACAAGAGAAGAAAGAAUUUGCAUACAUGGGCAAAGCUCGCCCCUGCUUUAGCCGACGAUGGCCAUGCCUGGAGGAAAUAUGGACAGAAAGACAUCCUCAAUGCGCAGUACCCAAGGAACUACUACAGGUGUAGCCACAAGUACGAUCAGGGGUGCCAAGCCACCAAGCAGGUUCAGAGAACCGCAACCGAUCCACCCAUGUACCGCAUCAUUUACUACGGCGACCACACCUGCCGAAGUCUAUCUAAUCUAAAACCUCCUCCCCGCCAUCAGUCUCGGAUCAUCUUGAAUUCCACUGAUGGUCCCUCUUCGCGUCUACUUAGCUUCUGCUCCAAUCCCAUCCCUAACCCGGUUGGCGCCAAACCACAAUCUCAUGAAGAUGACGAUGGUGAUCUGCUGCUUUUCCCGAUGGCGGUGGCGAAACAGCAGCUGCAACAUCAGAGCCAGAGCCAGAGCCAGAGGCCGCUUGGCGCUCGACCAGCACCUCCAUUAACAACGUCUUCCUCCUUCUCCGGAGAUUAUUUCCUGUCGCCGGAUGUGGUGACGCUGGACUCGUCUGCCCCCCCCAUGACUGUGUUUUCGUCGGCGUCCGAUCAGGGGGAGCCGGACGUCAUCUCUCCCGGGGUGUACUCGUGUACGACCAGCACUGAUCGCACUCACAAUACUUGCACUGAUGAUUACAAUCAUCAUCAUGCCUUGGACCUGGACAUGGACAUCAUGGUGGGAGAUGAUUUUGGGGAUGUCUUUAUUGCAAUAUGAUUUAUUAUUAUUAUUAUUAUUAUUAUUAGUAGUAGUUGAAUUUCUAGCCUUUCUCGUGUAAUUUAUAUAAAAAUCUUGUAAUGUAAUAUAGGUUUUUCGAAAGAAUUAAGGACA